GGAACCGUGCCAAAACCUCGAUGCUAAACGGUUAUAUAACUUCGUCUUCUCCUACAGACUUGGAACUCCGGGAAUCCCUGAUCCAGACAUUCCGUUGCAAGAGAUGAACAAUGCUAGCCCUCAUUCGCAUGCUACACCUUCUAAAUAGUGAGGAUACUCACUAUACUCAACUCACCAGACGACAAGAUGCUACGGAGCAGCCUGUCGAAGGCGGGCAUAAAGCAGGAUUUAUUGCCAUGGGCAUUAUCGCACUUUGUUCAUUUACUGCCUCAUUUUGCCUACUCAGUUUCCUCACCUACCGUUUUAUCUUCUGGCGGCGCUACUAUAAACAUCCCCUUGCCGCCAAUCAGUACGUCGUUCUGAUUUACAAUCUUCUUCUGGUCGAUAUACAACAAGCGACUGCCUUCUUACUAUGCCUUCAUUGGGUCUCACGUGGAUAUGUAUACUAUCCAAGUGCUGCCUGCGUCCUUCAAGGCUGGUGGAUCCAGACCGGUGAUCCUGGCAGUGGGUUGUUUAUUUUGGCGAUUGCGAUGCACACUGGCGCAGUCGUGCUGAGGGGGCGCCAACUCCCACACAGGACUUUUGUGUCCUGUGUCAUAGGACUCUGGGUCUUCAUCAUUGUGCUAGGUUUGGUUCCUGUUGGGCUAUUUGGCUCCAAAACUUUCGUUAUCUCCGAGGCCGGCUGGUGCUGGAUUGGCCCAGAACAUGAAAUAGAACGUCUCUGGGCUCAUUAUCUGUGGAUUUUCCUUGCUGAAUUCGGAACCAUCGUCCUCUAUGGCAUGUUAUUCUUCCACCUGCGGCGCCGUAUGAACCAGGCAGCGAUGCUCCGUCAAGGGCACCAAGAAAGUUUGAAGCGACUAAACCGUGUCGUCAUUUACAUGGUUAUUUAUCCACUCGUAUAUCUGGUCCUAUCUCUCCCGCUAGCAGCAGGCCGCAUGUCGACAGCCAGACACAUUGUUCCCAGUAGGGAGUACUUUGCCGUGGCCGGGUCCCUAAUGGCGUUGUCGGGGCUGGUAGACGUGACUGUGUACACGUUGACCCGCCGGCACUUGCUAUUAGAUACGGAGGUCAGCACAUCAGACAAGAUGUAUGCAUACUCGAACUCGAACGCGUAUCAGACACAUAUUACAACUGCUACGAGAGAGACCAAGAAGAUGCGUGUGGGGUCUCGUCUACGCCGAGGACUGCACGACACACUCAACGACGGUGACUCCACUGAAGACCUUCGCAAGGGCGACAUGGAAAUGGCCGACCUAGGUCAUGGAGUGUACCAGGAAACGACCAUCGAGAUCUCGCACGAGCCAGCAGACCCAAACGAAUUUCACGGACACAAAAGAAAUAGUAGAUGAUGUGUGCAUGAAUUUUUUCACCUCCGUACCCGCCUUUUUUUUAAUUUUAAUUUUUUUUUAUUUUCAUUUCAAUUUCUUUUGUUUUUUUAAAAAAUAUAUCUUUCUCCGCCCUGUCCCUCUUUUAAUUUGUUUUUCUCUGGCCUCUUUCACCUUUUUCUUUUAACCAUUAUCUUCCCUUAUCUUCCGAUACUCUCCUUUUUGUUGCUUUUCUAUUCUAAAUUACCCCUUGAUGACUAUAUAAUUAGUUCUAAUGAUACUAUUGGUGAU